CCUGACUAACAUGAUAGUUCUCUCCUGCAGCAACAGGUGGCGGUGUUGGUGAUGGUGGUGGUGGUGGUGGUGGGGGUGACGGCGGGUCAGGGGGACGAGGGAGCCCUGACCUCCCCCAACACCACCCUGGGGACCACUCUGGUCUACCCCCAGGACGCCACUGUGCUCCUGGGGGCGCUCUUCCCCAUACACACCAGCAGGAAGGACCCCAUCACUGGCAUCGUGGCGUGUGACCACCUCCAGGGUGACUACGGGAUCCAGCCGCUAGAGGCGCUGCUCUUCACCCUAGACGAGAUCAACACCAACCCUAAUCUACUGCCGGGGAUCACCCUAGGCACUCUUGUAAUGGACUCCUGUGACCACCCAACUCCUGCGCUCACCCAGACUCUUGGCUUCAUCAAAGGGUACUUGGCCGGCCAGAACGAGCACCACCAGGCGGAGUUCACCUGUGGGGACGGCAGCGCCCCGACCUUCAGGAGCGGCCUCUUCGACAAGGUCGUCGGCGUCAUUGGUGGGCGGGACUCCGCGGUCUCUGUUCAGAUGGCUAGCGUGCUGAGAGUGAUAGAGAUGCCUCAGAUCAGCUACAUCAGCACCUCAGCCUCCCUCAAUGACCGAGAGCGAUUCCCCUUCUUCCUCCGGACUGUCCCCUCAGACUCCACUCAAGUCCAGGCCAUCUUGGACAUCCUCAGGUCGUUCAAGUGGUCGUACGCCAGUGUGGUGUACAGCAGCGGGGAGUACGGCGAGGGCGGCUACCGCGAACUGACGAGGACGGCGGCUGAGUACGACGUGUGCUUCGCCUCCCCCGCCCACGUCCUCUCCAAGAACGACCCGGACGACGUGUACCAGGAGGUCGUCAAGCAGCUCGUCAACCGCGAAGCUAAUGUGGUGGUGGUGUUCGCGCAGAGAGAGGUGGCGAUACGACUUCUGAAAACGGUUAGACUCCUGGGCGCGCAUUCCCGCUUUCUAUGGAUUGGCUCCGACGGCUGGAGCUCCACACCCCUCCAGGAGGUGGAAGCUGUAGCCGAGGGCUCUAUCGCCGUCCAGCCGUUGGCCAGGUCGCUGCCGGGGUUCGAGGAGUACUUCAGGGCCCUCACGCCCGAGAACAACGGCCGGAACCCCUGGUUCCAGGAGUACUGGAACAGUGACCUCUCCGUCAGCAGCGGCACGCACCAACACGAAAUAGUUCAGUGGCUGCACUUCGUCCGUGACUCGGCGCACGCCUUCGCGCACGCCCUCCACGCCAUGUGGGAGGAGCACUGUGAGGGCGUGGCGGGCAUUUGUGACGCCAUGGCCCACAGUGGCCACGUCCACGGCCAGGAUCUCUUCCAGCAGCUCCUUCGGGUCUCCUUCCUCGAUACCACCAACAGCACCUUCAGGUUCGAGAGCAGCGGGGCGGGUCCCGCCCGGUACACUAUACUGAACUACCAGCGCCAUGAGCACUUCAGCUACCGAUGGGUUCCCGUCGGUACCUACACCAACACGUCAGGAGAAGUGCCAGAGCUUAAUCUUCCGUCUUCGUCCGUCCAGUACCGGCUGUCCACCGCCCCGCCCACCUCCUCCUGCGGGAAGCCCUGCACCGAUGACCAGGCCAAGAUCCUGCUGCAGGAGGCGUGUUGCUGGCGGUGUGAGGACUGUCAGCCCCACCAGUACCUCAACAGGUCCACUCACCUCUGUCACGACUGUGGCGACUGUCAGCGGCCUGACAGAGACGCCUGUGUCGACAAGGACGAGAAGUUCAUCGACUACAAGAACCGCUGGGCCAUCACCUCCCUCGCCUUCGCCAGUCUGGGUAUCUUCAGCACCGUGCUCAUGGGAGUGAUCUUCUGGGUGCACCUGGACACGCCGGUGAUCAAGGCAGCCUCCAGGGAGCUCUCCUACAUCCUGCUGGGGGGCAUCUUCCUCUCCUUCGUCAUGAGCUUCGUCAUCGUGGCGCCGCCCUCCUACGUCACCUGCGGCCUCACCCGCUUCUUCCUGGGCUUCUCCUACACCGUGUGCUACGCCGCCAUCCUCACCAAGACCAACCGCAUCUCCAGGAUCUUCAACAAGAGUCCUACUAAGUCCCACAAGGCGAUAUACACGUCUCCACGGUCGCAAGUGGUGAUCGUAACGAUGCUGGUGAGCGUAGAGGUGGCCAUCAACGUGGCGUGGAUGGUGUACAACACCCCGAACACCGAACACCUGUGCGCCAGGACCUCCCAGUACCGCGUCAGGAUCUGCGGGGGGCUCGACGACUACUCCUACGUGGUGGGCCUCGUCUACCCUCUCAUCCUGGUGCUCUUCUGCACCAUUUACGCCAUCAAGACCAGGAAGUGUCCAGGCGGCUUUAACGAGGCUCGCUACAUCGCCUUCACAAACUACACCACCUGCCUCAUCUGGCUGGUGUUCGUCCCUCUCUACCUCUCUACCGGCGCCACAGAUGACAUCCGGAUUGUCACCCUGGCCCUCUCUCUCUCCCUAGGCGGGUUUGUUCAACUUGGGUGCCUGUUCUUCCCCAAGGUGUACAUCGUGCUGUUCAAGCCUGAGAAGAACACGCGGGACGCCGUCAUGAGCAUCUCCAGGACCUCCUACAAUAACAAUAACAACAACAGGGACUCGUCUUACAGGGCGUCGGGGCGCUUCCCGGACGACGCCGCCUCUACGCCGCCGCACCCGAUCUUCUUCGUCAAUGGAGGCAAGCCACAGGAGGAGGCGCUACAGAAGGCCCGGGCGUCACAACACCUCGACCAAGACGCCCCUGGACGCGUCAACCACCUCUACAUAGCUGCCCACUCCAACCCUGCCACAGGCACCACCCACCCUACCACAACCACCACCCACCUCCCCACCACAACCACCACCCACGUCCCUACCACAACCACCGCUCAACUCCUCACCAGACCCACCCACUACCCUACCAAAGUGGCCCACCACACUGCUCUCUAAACCGAGGUCCUGUGCCACAGUCAAGGGAACAUUACGCGCACAGGAUGAACAACCCAGCGGGUUUUCUUCCUAUUGGGGAGUGUUGUACAUGCUGCUAUGGCGGUGUGUCCACUCACAGGAUGAGUGGCGCUGCCCAAUACUGUCACUAUGGUGGUGUGUCCACU